UUUAGAUAUGUUGUUAUCAGCAAAGUUUUAAAUAACUGUCGGUGCUGAUUGUUGUCGUCGCGGUGUGAAUUAACUAAACUUUUGUGAUAUCGGUCGGUACAGGUGUUGCGGCACUGAUUGUGGUAGUUGUGGUGUGAAUUAACUAGACUUUCGCGAUAUCGGUCGUUACAGGUGUUGCGACACUGAUUGCGGUCGUCGCGGAACUAGGCUUUCGCGAUGUCGGUCGGUACAUGUGUUGCGACACUGAUUACGGUUGUCACGGUGUGAAAUUAACCAUAAUUAGUUAUUUAGAUAAAAAACGGUGAAUAAUGGUUUGCUGAUACCGUUUUGUCGUGGCAGUUUUCUUGAUCCGAACUCUUUUUUAAAACCUUGAUUGUCAAAUUUUUCUAUGAUAUUAUACACUUAAGCUCAAAUUUAUUGGGCAUUACGAACUUAAAACUCAUUAUAAUUUGAUUAAUAUUUGGGUAGUUCAUUUGGUACGUGUUAGUUGAGUUAAAUGAGGGCAAGCUGCUCCUCUAGGGUUCAAUCUCGUGAUAAGGCUCAGUUAUUGUUGUUAUUUUGACUAGGUUGAUAGAUUAUCAUUAUUUUCAAAUUUAUUCGACAUUACAAACUUAAAACUCAUUAUAAUUCGAUUAAUAGUUUGGAUAGUUCAUCUGAUAUGUGUUAGUUGAGUUAAAAGAGUGUAAACGGCUGGUUUAGGGUUCAAUAUCGUGGUAAGGCUUGGUUGUUGUUGUGACUAGGUUGAUACAUUUUCAUGAUUUUAGGGAUCAAAGUUGAAUAUAUUUAUAGGUGUGAACUGAUUCCUUCUGUUUUGUUUUUACUUUUAACUAUUUAAUUAAUUCUUUUUGGAAUCUACUUUUUUUAGUUGAGAAUCAUUUUUGUUUUGGAAUGGGAAUCUGCCAUUUGUUUUGUAUCAGUGGUUGUGGUUGAUUAUGAGGAAUAUGAUGCUGCAAUUUAUAUUCAGUUUGUUCUGUUGGCUCUUUAUAUAUGUAAAAUCUUUUGUGUUUCUCUUUGCAAUAAGUGUAAAACUUGUUUCAGUUUUCUGAAAGAUGCUAUCAAUGGAUGUAAUUUAUGGUCAAGAAGAUAAUAUUGCUGAGUAUUAUCAGCAACAGGUUGAAGUGCUAGAGGGCUUUACUGAAAUGGAUGCCUUAGCAGAGCGUGGUUUUAUUCCCGGAAUGUCAAAGGAGGAGAGAGACAAGUUAGCUAGGAGCGAGACGUUUGCCAUCAGAAUAUCGAACAUAGCAAACAUGGUUCUUUUUACUGCCAAAGUUUACGCAUCAAUCAGAAGUGGUUCCCUAGCCAUCAUUGCAUCCACUCUAGACUCUCUGCUGGAUCUCCUUUCUGGAUUCAUCUUAUGGUUCACUGCAUUUUCCAUGCAAACACCGAAUCCAUAUCAGUACCCUAUUGGCAAGAAGCGGAUGCAACCAUUGGGAAUUCUCGUUUUUGCCUCUGUCAUGGCAACACUGGGACUGCAAAUAAUUUUGGAGUCCGUCCGCACAUUAAUAUACUCUGAUAAUACCUUCAACUUGACCAGGGAUCAAGAGUGCUGGGUUGUGGGUAUUAUGCUUGCAGUCACUUUGGUGAAAUUCAUGCUGAUGGUUUAUUGCCGCUCUUUUACUAAUGAGAUUGUUAAGGCUUAUGCUCAGGAUCACUUUUUUGAUGUGAUUACUAAUCUGAUUGGCCUCAUUGCUGCACUUUUGGCCAAUUAUUUUGAUGAUUGGAUGGAUCCCGUCGGUGCUAUCAUUCUGGCUAUAUACACAAUUCGCACAUGGUCAAUGACGGUGUUGGAAAACGUGAACUCCCUGGUUGGAAGAUCAGCUGCACCAGAGUAUCUUCAGAAACUUACAUACCUUUGCUGGAACCACCACAAGGCUGUAAGGCACAUUGACACCGUUCGGGCUUACACAUUCGGGUCUCACUAUUUUGUCGAGGUUGAUAUCGUCCUACCAGCAGGCAUGCCUUUGCAAGAGGCUCACGAUAUAGGUGAAUCAUUGCAAGAGAAGCUUGAACUCUUGCCUGAGAUCGAGCGUGCUUUUGUUCAUCUUGAUUAUGAGUACAGCCACAAACCUGAGCAUGCUCAAGCUCAUUCUUAGCAGCAAUAUGGAAAAGCAAUGUCAACUUUUGUAUUUCAGUUGUGCUUUUCCUUCUCUCUUGGAUGUAAAUGUGAACAAUUUAGGUAGAUUUGAAUCUGUACUGACUGUAGAAUUGGAUUUGGGAUAUGUUGUGAAGCCUAUGAUGCAAGGAAAUUGUGUAUCUCCACUUUCCUACUUUAUAUUUCCCUUAUUACUGAGGUUUAUGGGGGGUUAUUUAUGAGGUGUGUAUAUAAGAUAUUACCUGCUAAUGUGAAUUUCUUUUUCCA